AUGUCGAACAUUGAUCAUCCUUUAUCAAUUGAAUCUCCUAAUGAAUCAUCAAGUAUUGAAAGUGGAAAAAAAUGGCAUCGUCGCCUUUCAAUUAUUCGCGAGUCUGCCACAAAGACAUCAAUGCAUGGCCUUCCGAAAGUUUUUCACAGUGAAAAUAUAUACAGACGAAUUUUUUGGGCAAUAUCAUUUGGUAGUUUCACCGCGUUUAUGCUCUUUUUUAUUGUUAGAGCGAUUUUAACUUACCUUCAAUAUCCAACACGAAUAGAUAUGAGCACUGACGUUGAAUGGCCACAAUAUUUUCCAGCAUUCAGUAUUUGUAAUGUUGCAUCACUUCGUUACGAUCAAUUUAUAGGAUCGUUUCUAAACUAUACCAAUGCAUUGAAUUUAACUUAUAAAAAUAUUACGGAUGUAUUAUCUUCAGUUCAAAUUCGAAAUUUUAUACAAUAUAAAGUUAAUCGAAAUGAAUCAGUUGCGCAAUAUUCAUUCUCACUUGAUUCGAUGCUCUAUCAAUGUUUAUACAAUUUUAUGCCUUGUUCAAGUUUAGAUUUUGUUCCAUUUAUCUCAUCAGUAUAUGGUUUGUGCUUUACAUUCAAUGCUAAAAUGAAAAAUAGUAGCGUUAGUAUACGAGAAGGAAAUCAGUAUGGUAGCUUUGGUCAACUUGAUUUAGCUUUUUAUGUGCAUAGUCAACAAUAUGUACCAUAUUUUGUAGAUGGUGAGUAA